CCUACCCGGGCGGGUACAACGAGCGCAGGGGUAUGUGCGUGAAGAAAAAGACCUUACGUCACGUGACCGCCUCUUACUCCCAUACCCGUCAUUUGAUGAAUAACGACACGUAUUUUUGUCUGACCAGGCGCCAGAUCUGCCCGUUUCCUCCAGUGCUCGUUAACGCAGACUGAUCCAUAGGAUGCUCUUUAAGCGAACGGAGGGACUCUAGCGACAUUCUCGGACUGAACGGGAGUUUGGUUUUCAAGGCAGCCGAUAUUGAAGUCUGCGUGUCUGUUUGCAAGAGGAGGAAAAUACUGAACGGUCAUCAUGGCAGCUGUCUUGACUUGGUUUCUUUAUGAACUUGGUGUGUGGGCAGCUGUGUCGAACUGUGUCCUUCUAUCCUAGAAAACAACUUCCCUCCCCUGCCUCGAUUCAUCCCCCUCAAGCCAUGUUUUUACCAAGACUUCAAUGAGAUCCCGGACCAGCGACGCACCAUGUGCAAGAGGCUCUACUACCUAUGGAUCUUGAACAGUGCCACGCUGGCUUUUAAUCUGAUUGGCUGCCUGGCGUGGAUGUGUGGAGGUGGUGGCGCGACCAACUUCGGCAUGGCCAUCCUGUGGCUCAUCCUCUUCACCCCCUGCUCCUACGUGUGCUGGUUCAGGCCCAUCUACAAGGCCUUCAAGACCGACAGCUCCUUCAACUUCAUGGCUUUCUUCUUCGUCUUCAUGGCCCAGGUGGUGAUCAGUAUUAUCCAGACUGUUGGCAUUCCAGGUUGGGGAGUGUGUGGCUGGCUGGCUACCAUCACCUUCUUCAGCACCAACAUUGGCUCAGCUGUGGUGAUGCUGAUUCCCACCAUCAUGUUUACUGCAGUGGCUGUGCUCUCCUUCGUUGCCCUCUCAAAGGUUCAUAACUUCUACCGUGGCAGCGGAGGCAGUCUGGGUAAGGCCCAGGAGGAGUGGGCCACCGGGGCCUGGAAGAACCCCCAUGUUCAGCAGGCAGCUCAGCAGGCGGCCAUGGGAGCCGCGCAGGGAGCCAUGCAGCAGAACCAGUACUCGGCAGCUCCCACCUACAACUACGACGAGCCGAUGUAGGACAGAGGCGGGGGCCAGGCUGCUGAGUGGGAGAGAUUUAAAAAAAAAAAGGGAUCAAUUAAGAACACAAUUCAGAAUUAGGUGCCCUUCAUUAUCAUACUGUACAAGCUGGUUCAUACAGAACAAUGUAGAGAAAACUCAUGUUUUUGGUGGAAAUGUACUUUUAUUGGAUUUUGACACACAUGGGAGUUAACAAUUGUAGCCAGUUCACAUUUAAAUCAAAAGCCUGUGAUUAAAAAGCUUUUUUUUUUUUUUUAAAAUCUCUUAUGCUGCUCAGUUUUAGCUGGUCAAUGCGUGUGUUGCUUUUUUGACGGAGACACAUAAUAUAGCUAAAACCAAUCCCCUGAGCCUCAUCAGUUUAUUCAGGUAGGUUAAUCUGUGGUCAGUACAGGGUCUGGGUCUCUGCCUCUGCCCGUGUCACACUUUUAAAACAUGUUUUACUGACUUUUAAUGUGUUUUCAAGGUACUGUAACACCGACAUUGUUAGAGUGUUUACUUUCGUUUAGCCUUGAAGUUAUAAGGUCACCGAACGCUACAACAAUUUGCCCCUCGGUUGAUGCACAGUAUGUCAAGAAAACCUAAAGAACCAUUUCCCAUAAAGGAAUCCUUUAACGUGCUCGAAACGUGCUGCGUUGCUUUCUUGUCGAGAGUUAGAUGAGAAAAUCGGUUCACUCUCAUGCCCCUAUGGUAGAUAUCAAUCUACCACCAGCAGCUGGUUAGCUUGGGAUAGCAUAAAGACUGUAUCCAAAUGUAAUGAAAUGUACGGC